AUGGGGCCGUGGGGGUGGGCGCUGGCGCUGCUGGCCCUGGGGACCGCGAUCCCGGAGGGGUCCCCAGGCGGGGGUCUCGACUUCCCCACGUACGACGGGGAGGACCGAGUGGUGCCCGUGACCCUGCGCAAUUACCGGGCGCUGCUGAAGCGGUUCCCGGUGCUGGCGCUGCUGCACCGGCCCCCCCCGGCGGGGGACCGGGGGGCCCAGAGACACCACGACAUGGAGGAGCUGGUCCUGGAGCUGGCAGCCCAGGUGCUGGAGGACAAGGGGGUCGGAUUCGGCCUCGUCGACUCUGAGAAGGACACGGCCCUGGCCAAAAAGCUGGGGCUGACGGAGGAGGACAGCAUCUACGUGUUCAAGGAGGACGAGGUGAUCGAGUACGACGGGGAGCUGGCGGCUGACACGUUGGUGGAGUUCCUGCUGGAUGUGCUGGAGGACCCUGUGGAGCUCAUCGAGGGCGAGCACGAGCUCCAGGCCUUCGAGAACAUCGAGGACGACCCCAAACUCAUUGGCUACUUCAAGAACGAGGACUCAGAACACUUCAAGGCCUUUGAGGCAGCAGCAGAGGAAUUCCACCCCUACAUCUCCUUCUUCGCCACCUUCGACAGCAAGACAGCCAAGAAGUUGACGCUGAAGCUGAAUGAGAUCGACUUCUACGAGCCCUUCAUGGAGGAGCCGGUGACCAUCCCCGGGCGGCCCAGCAGCAAGGAGGAGAUCGUGGCCUUCGUGGAGGAGCACAAGCGGGCCACUCUGCGGAAACUCAAACCUGAGAGCAUGUACGAGACUUGGGAGGAUGACAUGGAUGGGAUCCACAUCGUGGCCUUUGCAGAGGAGGAUGAUCCGGAUGGGUUUGAGUUCCUGGAGAUCCUGAAGGACGUGGCCCAGGACAACACGGACAACCCCGACCUCAGCAUCAUCUGGAUUGACCCAGGCGACUUCCCACUGCUCAUUCCCUACUGGGAGAAAACCUUCAACAUCGACCUGUCCCGGCCCCAGAUCGGGGUGGUCAAUGUCACUGAUGCUGACAGCGUGUGGCUGGAGAUGGCGGACGAGGAGGAUCUGCCGGGCCCCGAGGAGCUGGAGGGGUGGCUGGAGGACGUGCUGGCUGGGGACAUCAACACCGAGGAGGACGACGACGAGGACGAUGAUGAUGAUGAUGAUGAUGAUGAUGACGAUGACGAUGAUGACGAUGAUGAAGAUGAAGAUGAUGAUGAUGAUGACGACUAGGCCUUGCUGGGCUUCUGCUCCCAGCCCUGGCCCUGCGAGAGACAUUAAAGUCCCCAAAGAACCA